UUACGUUGCGGUUGGCAACUCACGGAAAAGUGUCAUGGCAGUACAAAUGUUAAAGUAACAGUAAUCUUUGUGUUCCUGCAAUUAAUUUGAGCCUUAUUUAGAAAGUUAGUGUUUGUUUGAUAAUGCGUGAGUUCGUCCAAAAUCAAAUCGUUUAAAAAAAAUCCAAAGUGAGUGUGUGUGCCCGCAACGAUGAUGGAAUUAUCACUCGAAGUGCCAGACGAUAUCGUCCUAAACACCUAUCGAAAACAAAAAGCGGACACGUUGUGUCCCCCAUCCGUUUCUUGCCAAUUGCCUGAAGAUAACGACAUCAUCGACUCGUCCAAACUGUGUUUCAAAGACGACGAAAAUUGGUUGUGCGAAUGCUCAAGUAGUUCACCCACCGACCUGCACUACUGGCUCUACCUCCCCAGCGAGGAGGCGUUGCCUCGCGAAUCCAAACUCAAAAAUAUUGACACUCGGACGUUCACACGCCCGAAAAAACGCUUCACACGACCAAGUAUCGAAAAAUACAAUGAGGAGUUAUACGGAAGCGACCUAAAAGAGCUAACUGACAGCGGUAUCCAGUUAAAUGGGUGUUCGCAGGACGAAACGCCAACGAAACCACUGCACUUUGACUUGGGACAAGCCUCUACUAGCGUUUAUUUUGAAAAUAUUUUGGCGAACGCCCCCAUGCUCGAUUCGUUCCAAAACAUGUCGCCGCCUAGUCUUGUUAAUUCAAUGUGUUCCUCCACUUUCGCCAAUUUGAUGGAGAAUAGCUUUAUUAAAAACGACCCGGUUUUGAGGGAGAUUAGGGAUACGGACUUCACCGGAUCGAUACUGCAACAGGAGACUGAACCCAUGUUUCAGUCCAUCACCGAGAGCUGUAGUAGUCUGAAUUCGGAUAUUCCCGAAAAUUUUCUCAAGAAGGUUUCGUUCGUUGAGAAAGAUCUGGCCGAAGCUGAGGAUGAGGACACGAUUGUCUUGAAUUCGACUUUUGCCAAAGAGGAUUUAAGGGAUCAAACUGUAACAGUGAAUGAUGUGGACAGUGAAGACAGUUUAGAAGAAGCGAAACCAACAAAUAACGAAACCUAUAACACAUAUCAAAGCGUACCUAGGAGCACAAAUCGACUCAGUAGCCCAGUAUUAAACCACACUUUCCAGCGCCGAAAAAUCACGAAACCCUCACCCGUAAAACGCGAUUUAAAUUCGACAAUAACACUAGAUUCCGCAAAAAACACAUCACACGACGAAAAAACAUUUGAAAACAUCAAACGCUUAUUAGAGAAAAGAGGCUCACCUUCACUUGACCUAAACCGUCUCAGUUACCUCGCCGAUAAAAACGAACAAAUGAACACUACAUUCAUCAAUGAAUCCCCGAAACGUAACUCAUUCGGUUCAACCGAUUCUGGCGAAAAUUUGGACUUUAUGAGCCUUUCCUCCGGAAGUAGCAAAAGCUCAAAACUGCGGAGCACCGACGGUUUGAACAAAAUCGUCGAUGUCCAAAUCAUGUCAACACCUAAAGCAAUGUCAACGCGAACUCUGUGGCAAAACCACGAAAUUUCACCAAUCAGAGACCGCAAUUCCGACCCGGAACUGUCUUCCAACGAACCACCGAACGCUAUCAGAAAACAAAGAAGCGUCGGCCACUUAGCCCAGAAAUUACCCAAUCCGAAGAGUGUCAACACUUUGACGAAAAAUCCAAUUCGGGCUUCGCAGCCGAACUUGAACGAAACGCGGUCGUUGCAAAAACCCACAAAUUUAAAAUCGAUGGGGCAUGCCCUGAAAGGGUCGUAUACGAGUCUCAAACCGACCAAUCCGAAUUUACCGGUGGCUCCGCUUCCUUUGGAUACCACCGUGACGAUGAAAAAUCCGACUGUUGUUCAGGUGUCGCCGGUGCCAAGGGAAGUCCCCAAAAGUCAAGAUGCUCAAUUCGCUAAACCCCAGCCCCCCAGGAGUGGGUUGCCAAGGCCGGUUACGGGGAUUCCCCGGCCGGUUUCGAGGAUUCCCGCGCCCAAAAGUCUAAGGCCUUUCUCCAAGUCGGCAGGGUAUCAGGGGAGGAACUAAAUGUACAUAAUAUCAAGUGUUUAGUGCCUUAUUUGUAACAAGAAAUCUUAUUUUAUUGUUGUUUAAGUUUUGUUAAAUGCAAUAUAGGUUUGUAACUAAGUAAAUCAACUGUAUUUCGAACCACAUGACAAAACAAACUGACUGAUUAAUAACAAAUUUAUAAAUAUGUAUAUUUGCAUGAAUUUAGAAUCUUUGUCGAAGCUUUUGUAAUGUGAUUGAAUUUCUAUAUUGUAUAAACUAUUUUGAUAAAAGAAUGUGUGAUACAAAUUUGUGUACUCUAAUUGUGUUUAUAUCCAUAAGUGCCUUUUACGUCAUAUUUAUUUCAUUCAUAAGUUAAACGGUUUGUUGUUAUUGCGUUGUAAUAAUCUCGUAACCACUUUUUAUGGUUAAUAAUCACUUUAAUAUCGUUUAGUCAUAUUUUGAAAGUGAUUUAUCCUACUAAUGUGUCUUUUACCUUUUGUUAUUUUUUUUACUAAUAAAAAACGUGACAUAA